AUGGAAAAGGCAGCUAGUGCCCUGUCUGUCCGGCUCCUGUCUGUCCCCAGCCUUCUAUGUCUCCUGUCCCUGCUGUGCUGUGUCCCUGCGGGGAGACCCUGUCUGCAGUGUGACCGCAGGGUCAGGCUCCUUCAUGAAGACUACCUAUUGGCUGCUGCCUCUGCCACCAUCGAGGACCAGAUAGAACUGAAGAAGAUUCUAGACUACGCCUACGUCACCUACACAACCACCAGCAACCAGUAUAGCGGAGUUAUUGACCCGACCACCCUCUACAGGGCCAGUACAGAAUACCAGAGUGAGUUUGACCGUUUCCAGGGAAGCCAACUCACAGGGCCUCUGACGUUUGAGGCCAUUCAAAUUCUGGAGAAAGGCAGGAAAAUUCUGGAGAAACACCUGCAGACUUUUGCCCAGAAAGGUCUCUGCCCAAACAAAUGUGGGUUGCUGUAUCAGAGAGUAAUGAACUGCAUUUCCUGUCAGUACAAGCUGCACACCUGCCCCUCUACCACUCAGGACUGCGGGGAGUAUCCAGUGGAGGCAGCAGAGGGGGGCCAGGCAGUGUUGGACUGUUUCCUCCCCUGGCAUAGUCUAGUUGUGGGCCGGCCAGAUUAUCACUACACCUGGGCUCCAGGGACGCAAAGGACUGCAAAUCUGACAGAGGGUGAUUUCAGAGUGCUGGUGGUUACUGAGGAUUCCUCUGUGGUGCUGAACCAGCUGCAUGUCGAUGAGGAGGGCAUGUACCGCUGCCUCCUAACGGAUGGCAAAGGAACUGUCCUUUCACGCACACACUUCCUGCUCACUGUCACCCCGUCACCUGUCCCGACUCCCAGAUCUCUCCUCACCCUGCCCUCCCUCCCUCCUAGUUAUGAUGCCUCCCCCAUUUCUCACCCUCCCACUGACCUCCUGCUGGUCAUCAUCAUCAUGGUUACUGCCCUGAGUCUGACGGUCAGCCUAGCCCUUGCUAUUGCUUUUGGGUGA